CCGUCAUGACGAGCAAGGAGAUUUAUCCGCUCCGAUCGACAGGAACAAUGAUGAUGAUAUCCGAUCAAGAUUUGAAGCUGAGCACGCAAUUAAUGCUUCGAAUAGCUGAAUUACUAUUGGAGUUUGAUGCAAAUCAUGAACAAUCGUCGUUUGAUCCGAUACCGAUACUUAAAAGAAUUUCUGAAUUGUUGGAACAAGCUACAGACAUUUUCAUUAAAAACGACCCGGAUCCUUUGGAUGAUCGUCAUCCUCACAGGACUCAUCCAGAUUCUGCACUCGGCAACAUUUUGAAAAUUAUAUUCAAAAACGAUGAUUUCAUGACAAAACUUGUUGUGUCGUAUAUUCUUGCCAGAGACAACGUAGAAUUGAAUAUUCAAGGAAGUCGACUUCUGUUAGCCUGUAUUCCUGGUCUCGAUUCAAAAGUAGUUUUCUCAGAACCAGACGAUUUCAUUCCUCGCCUAUACACAUGGGCAGGAUCAGAAGGAACAAAUGAGACUUUACAAGGUUAUGCAAUGGGACUUCUAGCUGCUGCAUUGGAAAAUACUGAAAAUGCGAGUAAAUAUCGAAAUGAAAAUGCUCUAUUAGUCCCAUUUGGACUUCGGCGACUCCAUGAAUUACAGGGUCGCUCUUUGGAAGAACAGAAGAAAAUUGGACAGACUGAUUUCUCCCAACUGCAUGCUGAACAAAGUACAAGUAACGGAACUUCAAUUCCUUCAAUCAAAAUCACUUCUGUUGAUGGUUCUACAAAAGAGAAUGAGAAAACCUUUGUACAAUCAACAGAUCCACCACCACCGAAAAAGCGAAGAACUGAGCCUUGCCUGACAUCUCUUCUUCGAACGGAAAUUACUCAGCGAGUUCCAUCAUUUCAUAAUCUUCGAAAUUUGGAUGAUUCAAACAGUAAAUGGGAUAUUCUUCAACCAUUUCUAAUUGGAGAUCAACAAGUAUAUCCACUUAGUUUAGCUACAUAUCAACGGUUUAUUCUACAAUAUUUGGCUGCAUGUGGAGAAUAUCAGGAUCUCCUCCUUCAAACUUUUGAAGGAAAUGCAUUGGAAAUCUUGUUCGACUACAUUGAUCUCGAAAAAUCAAAAGAUGUCCGUUUAACCUUUGAUGCUUUAAAAUAUCUCACUUCUCUAUUGGUACAUCGUAAAUUCGCCUUGGAAUUCGUCAACAAAGGAGGAAUACCGGCUCUUUUGAAAGUUCCAAAAACAUCAUUGGCUUCAGUUGGAGUUGUUACAUGUCUGUAUUACAUUGCAUACAGUAAUGAUGUCAUGGAGAUUUUAUGUCAAAUGAGCGAUGAGAUUGUGGAUGAGACUGUACAGUAUGUUCUGUGGUGCUUGGAACACAGUCAUGAAAGUGGAAUGGCCAGUGCAUGUAUGUUCUUUUCUCAAGGAUUGUUCUACAAGGCUAUUUUAAGAAGAUUUGAUCAAUAUGAUGGUCCACGGAAGCUGCAUAAUUAUAUUGCAACCCUGACACUAAUGCAAAACAAUGAAGAUGUCGAACUCACCGAAGAACAAAUACAUACAAGUACACAGUGUACAAGAGGAGUUUGUACCACUUUCAGAAGUUACCUCACCGCUCACAUUUUCAUCAAAGUGGAAAACUAUAAAAAGCUAUACGGAAAUAACUUACCAACUGGAAUGCGAUUUCCAGAACUUGUACAAGGAGAUUGUCCAGAUUAUAAAAGCAUGAAGCCGUAUGAAGAAGUUUGUUGGCAGUGCGAAGCCAUUGUUACGGAAAUGCUUCGAUUCACCGGAAGUUCAUUCAGAGAGGCUGAAAAUUUAAGAAAACUAGGAAUGGUUCGAAUGUUUUUGGCGGUUAGAGUGUUAUCAAGAGAUUGGGAAAACAUUUCUCCAAGUCUCCGCACCGAAAUGUGUGUACACGCAUUGGAAACAUUGUGCAUGAUGUUUUGCCUUCCAUCAAUUCAAACUGAACUUAUCACUCAACAUUCCUAUAAUCACUCGAAUUAUGAUGGUUUCACAAUUCUUCUUCAAACAUCUCUUGGACGAUACGAUGAGGAUCCAUCUCUGAGAAUGGCAGCAUUGGGAUGUAUUCAACGUUGUGUUUAUGUGGAACCAGAAUGCUGGAAAGCUAUUAUUCAAAGAGUCAAAAGUUCAGAGGAAAAGUCAAGCUCCGCGUCGAAAAGACAAUCGAAAUAUGAAAUAAUCAUGAAUCAUCUUGAACGAAUGUGGACAGAAGUUCGAAAAACUGAUGGAAUUAUGGCACUCGUCAACUUGAUUAACUGCAAAAUUCCACUGACAGAAGCGGAUUCUAUCCGAAAAACGGCAACUAACACAUUAACGGGACUGGCAAGGCAUCCGGAAGUUCGACAGAUUCUUGCAAAAUUACCGUUGAUAGCUCAUAAUGGACUACAGAAUUUAAUGCGAGAACCAGUGUGUUCUGACAAGCGAGAUAUUCAUGCAGCAUUCUGCAAAGAAGCAGUUCAACUUCUUCAGGUCAUUUAUGGAAGAAAAAUUCAUGAUCAACAAGGAAAAGAAAUUCAAUCGUCGGAAAAGAGUCACCGUCAAUGGGUCAUCGAAAAUACACAAGUGAGCUUCAAUCAAGCAGAACUUCUUCAAUUAAUUCAUGAUCACUUGUUGAAAAGCAAGUUAGAUUCAGUAGCAGCAAUGCUGAAAUCUGAAGCAAAGCUUCCUGAUCGUCCAGCAAGUCGGUCAAUCAAUACUCCGAUUCUCAAUAAGCCAUUGCCCAGCAGCGGAAAUAAUUUUUCAAAAAUAAACGACACUUAUCCAACAUUGGCUCCAAGGACGCUUGAAUCGGAAAUUGGUGGAAUUUCAGCAAGACGGCCCUCAAACGCAGCUUCACUGUCAUCUCCCGCAAUGGCUACACGUUCUCAUUCAACAGAUGACGAUGUUUUCGCCACACCAACUUUACCUAGAAGAUAUACAACCAGUGGUGCUUUUCCAAAGAAGUUGAUGAUCAGUCCUGCACGUCAAAAACUGAGACCUCUGACUCCAGGAGAAAGUUCAAGUGGAUAUCGACCAAUUAAAGAUCUAAACAGUAUUGUUACUGAUUAUUUCAGAAACCAACAUUCAACAUGUAAGAAUCCAGUGACAACGUGUCCUCCAUUUUCAUUAUUUUACCAACACAAAUGUCCCGAAUUGUCGUAUCAAACGAAUGUUGUGAGAAAUAUUUCUCUUCGAACACUCGAUCAAGAACUUCUUAGACCUCAUGAAAGAGUUUAUUCACAGUGGACAAAUGAAAGAACUAUUUUCUCAAGAUUCAGGAACUGGAAAACUAUACAUGAUCACGAUGAAUCGUAUACGAAAGCCACAUUUUCGGUCGACGAUGAACAUCUUAUCGUUGGUUUAUUCAAUGGAGAAGUUCAUUGGAUAAACGUGGAUACUGGAUUGGAUGAAGGACACACCAAUUGCCAUGGAAGUGCUCUGACGAAUAUUGAACCUUCGAAGGAUGGUUCAAUGAUGCUCACGUCUUCAGCAUUCUCUCGUCCACUAUCCGCUCUUUGGAGACUCGGAGAAGCUUUACAACGAGUUCAUACUUAUCGUGAAGAUUCUUGUGUUAAAUUUGCUAACACAACGAUGCAAAGAAUUGUCGGAACGUGUAGAGAUAAGGCAACUGUCUAUGACACUGAAACAAAUCAUGUUUUGGACACGUAUCUCUCUGGAAUAGAUGGACUACAGUACGAGAAAAAUUACGCUUCGUUUUCGCCUGAUGACAAGCUAAUCUUCAAUGAUGGACUUCUCUGGGAUGUCAGAAAGAAGAAUUCGGCGAUCCAUGUAUUUGAUCGUCUCUCCAAAAUAACAUUAUUCGGAACAUUCCAUCCUCAUGGAACACAGAUUGUUAUAAAUUCUGAAGUUUAUGAUAUUCGUACAUUCCGGAUGCUUCACCAUGUUCCUGAGCUCAAUCGUUGUCAAGUUUCAUUUAAUUCCACUGGUAAUAUCAUGUACGCCACUGAAGUUACAGACGUUCAUUGUCCAGACUAUGAUGAAAAGAUCUUCUCGUCAUUCCGAACGUUCGAGACCCGUGACUAUUCUGCUCUGACAACUUUCGAAGGACGACGACCUGUCAUUGAUCUAUGCGCAUCACAUCAAGAUCAGAAAAUGUGUGUGAUUGAGAAAGUGCGUCCACAAAUGUCGGAUUACAUGAUACAAGCAUCUACACAACUGAAAAUAGUUGAAAUUGGACGAUUGAAGGAUAAUGAAGAUGAGAAUGACGAAGAGGAAGAUGAACAGAGAGAGGAUCACGAUGAAGACGAAGAUUCGGAUGAAUCUGGAGAUGGAGAUGAUGAUGAAGAGAUUGGAGGAAAUAGUUCAGAUCGAGAAUCCGUGUUUCGAACUUUAGGAAGACUUGGCGAUGAAAGUGACAGUGGAAGUAGCGUGGAUGACAAUGAUACACUAGACGAUUUGGACUUUGAAAAUGCACAGAAUCGGAUUAUCAGACGUCAAGCUCAACGCCGUCGUCAACGCCUAAACAGUAGUGAAAAUGAUGCAGAGCUUCCAGGUUCUGAUGAAGGAAGUGAUGAAGAUGGAGAUGAUGAUGAGGAUGGAGAAGGGGAUCCAGAUUUUGAUAUGGGAGCGGCUAUUGAUGAUUUGGUAGAUGCAGUUGAUGAAGAAGUUGAUGAAGAUGAAUUGGGAACUGAUGGUGAUGAUGAUGAUAGUGGAAGUUGGAGAACAACUAAUUCCAUUGACUCAGAAGACAUUAAUCUAGACGAUCUCGACGAAGAAGAAGCUCGUGUCGUGGAAAAUGAGGGCAACAACGAACGCCCAGCGCGUCCAGUAGAUCCAAUAGAAGCAGCAGCUGCUGCUCGUCGAGCCAUCCUCGGCCGCGGUCUCCGAGAUCUUCGAAUGGGAAUUAGAGGAGGUAAUCGUCGUCGAAAUGGAGGUGGUUUAGAGCAAGCUGAAAUGUUGAAUGCCCGAGCUGAAGAGCAACGAGUUUCGUUCAUGGAGGCUCUUGUUAGAGGAGCUGAGGCUGAACGGAGAGAGGAAGAAGGUGGCGAUGACGGAGAAAGCAGUAGCAGCAGUAGUAGUGAUACUGAUGAAUAUCAAUCCGAAGAGGAGGAGAUCAACAGUGUCAGUACAACCGCCCUCAAUCCAGCUCUGCGUCGAAGAAAUCGUCGUCCUGACGAUGAAGCAUAAAGAGACUUCAUUCACAAUGCCUAGCCCAUAACAUCUUUCCCCGUUGCCACACAUUCUACCUGUUUCUUUUGUUUAAUCUUUUUGACCCAUUGUUCAAUUGCUAAAUGCUCCCCCGUUUACUAAAAUUGUUUUUAUCAUUUUUGAUGUUUUUUUUUGUUGAUUAUUAUUGGUUUUUAUUGUUUCGCUAGUUAUUGUUCGUACAUCUCUCUUUCUUAUCCCUUUGAUUUGUUACAAUUUUUUGCACACAUUUGUAAAAUGACUUUAUUC